UAUUGUUCUGGUCAGUGAGAAAUGAGGACGGGAAGAAAAUGCUCCUAUUGUAGAAACUUUGGUCACAAUUCAAGGACUUGCAACACUCAUCACAAAGGAGGACUAAAGCUUUUUGGAGUGCAACUUAACCUUUCUAAUUGUCGUUGUUGUUCUUCAUUAUCAUCAACUAAUUCAUCCUCUUCCUCUUGUUCAUCAACACUCAUUGAUAUCAUGAAAAGAAGAAGUUUGAGCAUGAAUUACCACCUUGUAUCUUCACGAAUCACCUCAUCAUCACCCUCUUAUAAUUUUCUGCUUGGUGGUGGUGUGGAUGAAAAUUCAGAUAAAGCAAUAUCUGAUGGGUACAUAGCCAGUGUCGGUGGUGGUGGACUCACUUCAACAACUCGUCAUCAAGAAAGGAAAAAAGGUGUGCCAUGGAAUGAGGAGGAGCACCGGAAAUUUCUUGAAGGACUGGAGAAGCUGGGGAAGGGUAAUUGGAGAGGCAUUUCUAAACAUUUUGUUACAACAAGAACACCAUCCCAAGUGGCUAGUCAUGCACAAAAAUAUUUUUUGCGUCAAACUAGCUUCAAUAAAAGAAAGCGCCGUCGCAGCCUCUUUGAUGUGGGAAGAUAUGAAACCACAACUACACUUGAACCAUUAAAUACUUGUUUAAAGGCAAGUGGUCAAUUUGGGUCCCUAUUUGGGACUAUAAUUACUUGUCCUCAGUGGGUUUCUUACAAACAUUCAGUGAUGAAUUGGGCCACCACUUCAACAAACUACACUCAUCAAAGUGCUGCCCCAGAUCUAGAACUCAAGCUUGCUGUUCCCAAACAAACAGAGCCAUGCGAAAGAACUUAAUUAUAAGUACGUGUGGUGUUUGAAAUAUUAUUGUAGCUUCCAUUAAAUGUGCUAAUUAGUUUAUGUGAAUUGGGCAUUCAGAAAAAGUUAAGUGCAAGUAUAUUCUGAUUAUUGAAUCUUUAAAAGAGUAAGCAGUUUAAUUAUUAGUUAAAGUGUGAAAGUACUUGUGACAAAUUGUGCUUCUUCUUCUUUUUAUGCUGUGAGGAAAAUAAAAAAACAAGAAGAACAAACAAGCUACUCUCUUAUGGAACAAAGUUGUGGAGGACAAACACCCCAGCUAUAACACAGAAUGAAAGUUCGGAGGAUCCCAU